CCCAAAGGCCUUGGCGCAAGAUCCAUCCGAUGGAUUUCAACUGUAAUAACAAUAACGUAGCUUGUCCCAAUGGAAAAAGGAAAUUAAUAAAAAAAAGGAAAUAAUUGCAGAGAAGAAGAAGAAGAAGAAGAAGACUAUUCGAUCGAGAAGAGAAAACCCUUACCCUAGUUUCCUGUUAUUUCUCUGAAGAUGAUUGAAGAAGGGAAGAGUAAAGGAUUGGUUGGCGAUCGGAGCCAACCGCAGCAACAGUAUUAUGGGACGUUUCAAGGCGUUCCGAACUAUUCACAGCCUGCCAUGGGAUUCCCUCAGCCGGUUCCACCGCCGGGGGCCUCCGCCCCUUCUGCUCCUCUUUAUCACGACUCUUCCGCUUCUCCUUAUCACGGUCCUUCUGCUCCUCCUUAUCACGGUCCUUCUGCUCCUCCUUAUCACCUCCCUCCUGCUCCUGCUUAUUACGCUCAUGGCUAUCAAACUGUUCCAGGUUAUGCAAUUGCUGAAGGAAGACCUAUAAGAGAGCGCCGUCUUCCUUGUUGUGGUAUUGGUUGUGGCUGGUUUUUGUUUAUCAUUGGGUUCUUUCUUGCGGCCAUUCCCUGGUAUGUUGGAGCAUUUGUUUUACUUUUUGUCAGAACAAUGGAUUAUAGAGAGAAACCGGGAUAUAUUGCAUGCACAAUUGCUGCCAUUCUUGCUUCCAUUGCAGCUAUUAUUGGUGCAACAGAGGGGACUCAGUCUCGGUGAUACCCUGUGCGUUGUAAAGACUGAAAAAUAGAUGUAUAUUCGCACCUGUGAAUUCUGGAAAUAAUUUGGAUGAUGUUAUUUAUUUAAUACAAUGACCUUGUGCAGGCUUUGGUUUGCAUUGAAAAUAUCUUAUAUAAACUUGUAAAGUGAUCAUGAAGUUCUUGGGUGUUUUUUUCUUUACAUAUCGAUUUUGUUUCUUCU